AUGCGGACAAUCUUGUUGUCGAUUGUAGCAUUCGUCUACCUGGUCGAUGCCGGAUUCCGGUGCAAAAACCUAAAUGGGAAUGAUGUUGACUGGUUUGUGGCACUAAAAUUGCCGGCGGGUGUCGACGACAGACUAGGAGGAAGCUUUGUGUACUAUGAUUCCUCUCUAGCAGGAUGGGUCAAGAGCGAUCGGCCAAUAAACAGUACCGAGUCCGCGAUUGGUGCCACUCUCAAUCAGCUUUACACCAGCAGCAAUAAAACCACAUUCAAAAUCGCUUAUAACGACGACGCUCCCGACAAGAAGGUAGACAGCGGGCGUGGUCACAGCAAAGGUGUUGCUGUUUUCACUAUUGACAGCGGAUUUUGGCUGGUGCACAGUGUGCCUAAUUUCCCUCCAUUUGGAAAAUACGACUAUCCGGAAAGCGGUGCAAAAUACGCACAAUCGUUUAUUUGUCUCUCACUUGAUGCUAAUGCUCUUGUGGAUCUCAGUCACUACAUGAGAUAUUCCCAAGUUACGCCGUUCAUAAGUAACCUGCCAAAGAAUUUUGAAAUAAUAGCACCCUACCUUGUGGAUGUAGUGAACAGGAAAUCUCUUGGACGAGCAGACACGAGGUAUACUACCGCUCACGACUUCGAAACCCGUGGUCACAAGAGAGUUAAGGCGUUUGCGAAGCAUAAGAAAUUUGGACAAGGUAUU